AUGGCAUCGACUUUGAGAUCAUCCACGAGGUUGAUACUUGUAUUAGGUGUACUGGUUUUGUGUUCGGUUUCUUCUGUCCAAAGCUGGAGCAAAGAAGGUCAUAUGCUUACAUGUCGAAUUGCUCAGAAUCUCUUAGAAGCAGGACCAGCACAUGUAGUAGAGAAUCUAUUACCGGAUUAUGCGAAUGGAGAUUUAUCGGCAUUGUGUGUGUGGCCUGACCAGAUCCGACAUUGGUACAAGUACCGUUGGACCAGUCCUCUCCAUUUCAUCGACACUCCCGACCAAGCCUGCUCUUACGAAUACUCUAGGGAUUGUCAUGAUCAACAUGGGUUGAAGGAUAUGUGUGUGGAUGGUGCAAUUCAAAAUUUCACGUCCCAGCUUCAGCAUUAUGGUGAAGGAACAUCUGAUCGUCGAUAUAACAUGACGGAAGCCCUUUUGUUCUUGUCUCAUUUCAUGGGAGAUAUUCAUCAGCCGAUGCAUGUCGGAUUCACAAGUGAUGAAGGGGGAAACACGAUAGAUUUACGUUGGUACAGACAUAAAUCAAAUUUACAUCAUGUAUGGGACAGAGAGAUUAUACUCACGGCUCUAAAAGAAUACUACGACAAGGACUUGGAUCUUCUCCAAAAGGAUCUUGAGAAGAAUAUCACCAAUGGAUUAUGGGACGACGAUCUAUCUUCGUGGACCGAAUGCAAAGAUCUCAUCGCUUGUCCACACAAGUAUGCUUCGGAGAGUAUAAAGUUAGCUUGUAAAUAUGGCUACGAAGGCGUGAAGUCCGGUGAAACGUUAUCAGAGGAGUAUUUCAAUACAAGGUUGCCAAUAGUGAUGAAGAGAAUUGUUCAGGGAGGAGUUAGACUAGCCAUGAUACUAAACCGGGUUUUUAGUGAUACUCAUUCUGAUAAUGUUGCUGCCACUUGA